CGUCACUUGUCCGGAACUUCCAUCUACUCCUUCCAUGACUUCUGCCUCGACUCGCGAUCACUUUGAGCACUUGCUUCCUCCAAGCUGGAGGACCCAAGUAUCCGCUUGGCUUGCCGAGGAUACACCUUCAUUUGACUAUGGAGGCUUCGUCGUCGGAGAAGCCCCUCGAGAAGCUUUCCUCCUAGGUAAGGGCAAGCAAACUGCCGUCCUCGCCGGAAAGCCCUUUUUCGACGAAGUGUUUACCCAACUCGGCUGUGAAGUAGAAUGGCAUAUGGAGGAAGGAGACACAUUCGAACCUGUCAAACAUGUCGCAACUGUCCGCGGCAAAGCUCGUCACCUCCUCCUGGGUGAACGGGUUGCCUUGAAUAUGCUCGCGAGAUGUAGUGGCGUAGCUACAAAGUCUAAGCAAAUCAAAGAUCAAGCAAGGGGUUACGGGUACAAAGGUAUCAUCGCCGGGACCCGUAAGACGACUCCUGGUUUCAGAUUGGUGGAGAAAUAUGGCAUGCUCGUGGGAGGCAUCGAUGCACACAGACACGACCUGUCCAGCAUGAUCAUGCUGAAGGACAAUCAUAUAUGGUCUUCAGGUUCUAUCACCACCGCGAUCAAGCAAGCACGUAAAGUUGGCGGAUUCAGCCUUUUGCUUGAAGUCGAAGUCGGUUCCGAACAAGAAGCCAAUGAAGCUAUCGACGCCGGCGCGGAUAUCAUCAUGUUAGAUAACAUGGAAGGCGACCAGCUUGUCGAUGUCGCUCAUCGGCUGCGUGAUAAGUGGUAUGGGAAGCGCAAGUUCCUCUUCGAGAGCAGUGGGAACAUCACGGAGAAUAAUUUGCAAGAACGAGCUAUUAAUGAAAUUGACAUCCUGAGCACAAGUGUUGUGCAUCAGUCUGUACAACACAUAGACUUCAGCCUGAAGAUUCAGAAACCCAAAGAUGUAUGACCGGCAGCAAGAAAAAAAGAACUGUGUAAACAAGUAUAUGUAUAUCACGGAUUGUAUAUUCAACUUCAAUGAAAAUCGGCUGUAUAUUCAUUUCUUUAAUGAAUGAUCUCAACUC